UUAUCCACUGAAUAGCGAUUUGUUCGUUGGAUAGCGCAAUCCACCCUUUGAAUAACUGGGCCUUGGAGUAGAACGAGUAGAACUGAAUGGAUACUAGCGAUCUGCCUGGGAAAACUGAAGAAUAAGGAAGGAGAAGUUGAACAAUGGACUUCCAGGACACAGACAUCAUGGAAACUACAUGUAAUUCCAAAAAAUAUAAGGAGCCAAGGGGCAAAAUUGAAUCCGUAGCGUUUGGUUGCAUAGAUGUAGACAUCUGUGUCUUAACGUCCACACUUUUCGAAAUCAAUUGAAUUUUCCUUUUUUUUUCCUUUUGAUAAAAUGGAUGUGGGCUUUCUGUACGAGGCGGAUAUGAAUGUCAGUUGGGAAGAAAUGUGUUUUCGCCGAGGUUAUUAUUCAUUUAAUCAAGGAACUUGUUAUAAAAGCUGAUCAUACUUCUUGAAAUCUUAUGGAAAUUUUUUUUUUGGUUUUGUAACCUUCACAGGCAAAUAGAACAUUUUCAGACAUUGAAAAACUGAUACAUCUCGCCGAGGAAUGGUUGAACACUUCAAAGAGGAUCCGUGGCGUGUUACAGCAAAAUGACUCACAGUACUACCUUGGACUUCUGCUGAACAAUAAACAUAAAUGUCUGCAUCGAUAUAACAACCAGGCUUACAACCUAACUGGGCACAAACCUAGCGAAAACUUCAGGUGAUUAAAGAGGCCUUCCAAAAAUUGUAUCGCAAUGAAUGAUAUUCAUAGCACUACUAACACUAGAAAAACUCGGUUCUGCCCUUUUCCGUUAUCAUAAACGUCGUUCUAAAUCUCUUUUUAUUCUCACUUGUAUCUGACUUUUCAGACAAUACGAAGGACUUGAUGAGCUCCUAACCCGCAGUUGCGAUAACACUAACCCAUUAAUUACCCAACUGGACAUGAUUGAUAGUGUGGCUCGCUUGUGGUUGGAAAUGGCUUCACAUCUCAACCUAAAUAUCUUCAAAGGUUUUAAAGAUGAGAGAUCUCUGCUGAAUUUUGCCCUAAAUAUCAACGGCUCUAAGAAUGGAGACACUUCUAAAGUCGUUGCAGGUUAGUAGGCCCACCCGUUUUUAUUUUAAAGACUAACUUAAAAUACUAUAAGAAAAAAUGAAACCUAUUUCGAUUCUGAUAAUUUGUCUUGUCUUGGCCUUAAACCUUUUGGCGCCUAGCAUCUAAUUUCUUCUUACAAUUUCACACCCGAAUGGCACACUAAGGUUAACGAGAAUAGAGGAAGUGAUCACCAACUAAAGAAGAUCUUGAUUUUUCAACAAAUUCUCCUUGUUAGCACUUUGGGAAAUGCAUAGGGAACAGUAGGGAGAAUGUGCAUACUGAUGUUAUGAUAUGAAGGGUUAAGCACUUGAACAGUAAGAUAGGAAGUUUUAAACCAUCUUACCUCUUCCAGGAAUCGUGUUCAUGAACAUAAAGGUGAAUGUCAGCCUGCCUCCUCACGUUAAAUAUAAGAUUCGGAUGAAUGCUUCCUAUUUCACGCCCGCGACCGACAGCAUCCGUGAUCGCUACUGGAUGCCGGGGCCCCAGAGUUGGAAUCAGCGUUACUAUGACUUAGGAUUUACCUGGCUUCAGGACCAGAUAGAGAGGGCUAUUGUUGAUCUGCAUGCUGGGCGAGAAGUCAUCAAACCAGCUGUCUACCUCCACGAGAUGCCGUAUCCGUGCUAUGUGAAAGACAAGUAAGAAUUUAUCUUGUCACGAGCGUGAGGACAAAGAAAUUAUUCCGAGUCUCCAUAAGGUAUUGGGCUAAACUCGCGCGAGGCUUUCGACUUCGCGGAUCCUAGCAGUAUGCGGUUAGCGUAUCACAUACGAUCCAUAAAGUUUGCAGGCUCAGUGGUAGAGCGACCUAGCGCGGAAUCCGAAGGUCUGAGGUUCGAUCCCUUAUGGGUACUCAGAACUUUUUCUUUCUCCCACACUCGUGACAAGACAAAGAAAAAAAUUGUCUUCUUUUCGCAACCAGGCUCACAAUUCACUAUCUUUCGUAAAAUAUUUAUAUGCCGUCACAGUUGUGUAAGCAUUAGAACUGACAUAGAUAAAAUAAAAAAGUGUGUCCCACAGUUGUUUAAGAUUUCUCUUAAAUUACAAAUCAUGACAAACUCUCUAUCGAAUUUUGUUGUUUGCUUUUUCUUCUCCAGUUUUAUGUUCAUCAUCGAGCACAUGAUGCCUCUUUGCAUGACAGUGUCGUGGAUUUACACCGUAGCUCUGGCUGUACAAGCCAUUGUGUACGAAAAAGAACAGCGCCUGAAGGAAGUCAUGAAGAUGAUGGGUCUGUCUAAUGCUGUGCACUGGGUGGCGUGGUUUAUCACCUCACUCUGUGUCAUGUCCAUUACUGUGGGCCUUCUGGUUAUAAUCCUUAAGGUAAGUGGCUUUACAUGCCGUCCCUUUAGAUUUUCCCUUUGCGUGGAGCACUGGUUUCCAGAUUUUACAGGAAACACAAUCGCAGCUUGGGAACUUGCGUUGUCCCGCGCAUAAAUCAGUUUACAGUUUACUUGUUUCGAUUCUUGGCUGUCAUUAGCUAAUUUCGAUUUACUCCUUUGUUCUUAUCGGUCGUCGUGAUUACUGUGGUUUUAGUUUGACGAUACUUUAUCGAAAUUUUCUUUAUAAUAUAGCGGUCGGCUUUGACCUCAUGAUCUAAAGAGUGCCUUCUCUUAUUACAUGCCUCGUAGUAAUGGGUUGGGGGGGGGGGGGGGUGGGGGCUGGAUGAAAGGAAGGAGGAGAACGAACGCAUUGGCACCAAAUGCAGUGCGCCUAGCUUCGAGUCGUUUACACAAUUAUGCAAAUAAAAAAAAAGAAGAAAAAACUGGCUACAAGAUUGCUUGAAAGCAGUAUAAAACAUUUCCUCGAAAAGUCUCCCAAAAUUUACCAAAUGACACUAAAACUUGUACAAAUUUUAAAAAUUUUCCUGGGAUGGACGUUUAUGGACUCUCCUCCGGUCCAAAACAAUGCAGCCUAAUCAUUGCUGCCUAUGGGGGCCCCCUCAAAAAUUCGUUCCUAUAGGUCUGGUGCGAAAGAGUGCAUAUGAAGAAGUUAUUAUUGCGUUUAACCAGUCGGGAAAUUUGCAUACCCCAGUUGCCUUUUGGAUUAAAUGAAGUCAUUUCCAUAGGAAUACUAACGUGUAGUCUUGUUGUUAUGUCCACAGUACGGCAAGGUGUUGUACUACAGCGAUCCUGUUAUUAUCUGGUUGUUCCUCAUGACGUUUGCCGUGGUGACCAUUAUAUUCUGCUUUCUCAUCUCGGUGUUUUUCUCCAAAGCGAAGUUAGCGUCUGCCUGUGGCGGGAUAAUAUAUUUCUUGACCUACCUUCCUUAUGUGUUUAUUUCCAUCCGAGAGGAGGCUGGUUUUGGUAACGUUUCCGGCAAAGAGAAAAUGGCUGCUAGUUUGCUCUCCACUUCCGCUUUCGGAUUGGGAGCGAGGUACUUUGCCAUAUACGAAGAGGAAGGCGUCGGGGUGCAGUGGUCCAAUCUAGGAAAGAGUCCCGUAUGUAUUAUAUAACAAAGCGCAGGAAAGAUCCCCGUAUAUUUGACAUAUCAUAGCUUAGGAAGGAGUCCUGUACACCUGUAUGUUUUACAUGAAAUAAUUUAACUAGGAUCAGGUUUCUUAUUUAUUACAUAACAUACUUUACUUAAUUCAGGAUUUACUAAGUUUGUUGACUUCUUCACCACAAAGUGUCCCAGGACGUUCGUCUUUCAGUCUGGUAACGCUCAUUUAGAACUGUUUCGUAUUGGAGGCUACUAUGCAUUAAUUUUCAACAAUAUUCUUAACCUCAAGUCGAAGAUACCGCUGCAUUUGAUAAAUUUGCAUUCCACUUCCAAAGUCGCACAUUAAUUCUGAUCCAUGCGUGGGAAUGAAGUCGCAGAUGGACGAAGCUUUUUUAAAACAAGACGUUCUGUACUUAUAGGGAUAGCUCUUGAUGCAGUGCAAUUUAUACGUCACUUUUAAGAAUAAGGGAUUCAUUUCCAUUUUUUUUCUUUUUUCAUGACUGAGUUCUUGCACUAACUUUCCUCUCGCAGGACAGUCAUUAAUACCUUUGUUCCCAAUAUUUACACAAUAUUGAUUUAUUAAAUAAACCCCAGCUGUUCUGACUUUGAAAAUAAUGUCGAUCUCCACCGUUUUUGACCCCAGAUCAAAGGAGAUGAUUUCAACCUGCUGACAGUUCUGUACUGUAUGUUGAUGGACGCUGUAAUCUACGCUAUCAUGGUGUGGUACAUAGAGGCUGUUCACCCAGGCUCCUACGGCCUUCCGCGGCCCUGGUACUUUGUCUUUCAGCCUUCGUACUGGUUUGGCCACAACACGCAGUCCUGUCCUAAGAUGAGCCGUCGAACAUUUCAAAUGAUGACAUCGGAUGAGCUGGAGGAUGCGCCUCAGGCAGAUGGACUGUUGGCGUACGAGAGAGAACCUAUUCACUUAUCACUGGGUGUUACAAUAGAAAACCUUGUUAAGGUAUGUAAAAUAUGGUCUUGUCUUGUCUUUUUUGACACAUUUUGUAAAGUUUCGACUUCUUGGAGUUCUGGAUGGCAAAGGUGACAGCGCUCUUGCCCGCCUUGUUACGGGGUUUAGAUGUAAACAACCUUAAAAAAAAGCCCAAAGAUAAAUUUUCAAGAGGUCAUUAGCCCCCUGGGAUUGAAAUCGUAGUACGAUAGUCUGUUCGAUGUUUAGUUCAUCAUGAGUAAACCAAGAAUUUAAUCCUCUAAAUUUCUGAUAUUCUUGUUUUUGUAACGUUGCCAUUAAUUCAAAUUUUUCGACAACAGGUUUAUAAAGAAGGCAAAAAGCUAGCGGUUGACGGACUAACGCUUAAUCUUUAUGAAGGACAAAUCACUUCUUUCCUCGGCCACAACGGAGCUGGGAAGACAACAACCAUGUCAAUCUUGACAGGUUUAUUCCCGCCCACUGCUGGCACUGCAUACAUCUAUGGCUGUGACAUCAGGAAUGACAUGGAUAAGAUCCGGCGGAGCCUGGGAAUGUGUCCGCAGCACAAUGUUUUAUUUGACAGGUUUGUGGACAAGAUAUGUAGUGAAAGGCCAACUUUUAACUCAGUCGCUGAUUUGUAAGAAUUGAGUGUACAAUUUUUAAACGGUGAAUUGAAGAACAACACGGGUUUCUUGUGGGUUGUGCACUUCAGUAUUUCCCGCUCAAUUAAAAAGCAGAAUUUCUGUCUGUAUUUAUUUACUUUGCUGGUCCUGGUAGAGCCAGGUGUAAAUAUAGGCAAUGUUCUGUCUUCUUUUUUCACCUCAUAGAGUGAUAAAAAAUAGUUGCGUAAGCCGUAUGGGUGCAGGUCAAAUUGUUGGGACGAAGAAUAAGAAAUUUCAGUUUGAAAACUUCUUCUAUAUAUUGGUACAAAUUAUUGCAGUGCUCAUUUAUUGAUUGAGUUCCACGCGCCCAGACGCAACUUAUACUGUUGACUCAAUAGUCAGAAUUGCCACACGCUAUCGUCGAAUUGGAAAUGGUAUUCAGAGUUUCCGUUUUUGUUUUUGAUUCUGGAUGUUCAGGAUGACAGUAGAUGAGCAUUUAUGGUUCUAUGCAAGACUUAAAGGAAUGCCAGAGCAAGAUGUCCAACGGGAGAUGGAUCAGUAAGUACAUAAAUUCCUUAGUUGUAAUUUACUGAUAGAUGAAUCAAACGAGAUAUUAAUCAGGAAGUAUAUUAUUUCGUCUGUUGUAAGUAACUGUGACACAUUAUAAUGAGUAACAAACGGUUUGAAGUUUAGAGAAAUGAAGAGGUUUAGAUCAAUAUUUAACACUUAUUUCCUACAGAGGAUUUCUGUUAAAGUUUCCUCGCACUACACUUUCUAAAAUUAUGUGCCUCUCGUAGUAACAAUUAUGUCAAGUGUGACGGGUCCUCAAAACCUCUGUACAUUUUCCUCUUCUUACAGCUGUAAUGUUUGUCUUCUUGUUUUGUUUGGCUUGUAGUUAUUGCCUCUUUAACCGCUAGUUCUAUUACACCCUUCUUCGUUUGUAAUGAGAAAGCUGAGAUCUGGGAUCGACUGUCCUCUAAGGUAUCUUGCUGUGUUUGGAGCCCAGACACUACCCUCACAGAGCUUCUCUCCACUCAGGAGUGUAAAUGGGUGACGCUGAACUGUCAGGGGAGCCUGAUGUAUGGGGCCCUCUAUGGUGCACAAACAUUUCAGUAAUUUGGAAGAGUUGGGUAGAAGAGUAGAGAUACUCUACGAAUCUAUGUCAUGAAACCUGGGAGAAGCUCUGGCUCAAUUAACUCAUCGGCCCGUUUGCUUACUGUACCUUUACCUUACUUUAACAGGCUUGUCAUGGACGUAGGGCUACCCAAGAAACGCCAUUGCGCCGUGGAAACCCUGAGUGGAGGCAUGAAGAGAAAGCUCUCUGUGGCCAUGGCCUUUGCGGCUGGGUCAAGAACUAUUAUCUUAGAUGAGCCCACUGCUGGUGUGGAUCCUUACGCCAGGAGGGCCAUAUGGGACCUUUUGAUUAAGUACAAGAGAGGUAAGCAAAUUUAAAUAAUGGCUAAGAUUGACAAAUCAGUUCAGGUCAAAUCGAUAGAAGGUUGCAUCGGAGACCUCAAUCCAUUCUGAACUAACUGACCUUGGUUAGAGUUUCGCUGCGUGCCACUGGACAAAGUACACAGUUCUUAGGGCUUUUAUGAAAUUGUUAUGUUGUUACAGCCUUCGAUUUCUUCUUAUAGGCAUUACAGGUUGAUUCGAAGGUUUCUGUUAAGAGGGAUAGUCGAACGCUCUUCUGGUCUGGAAGUUGUCUACUUUCCAAAUCUUAUACAGUACUGAGUUUAGAAAGGAUUAAGCUAAGAGACUGGCAUCCCUUAAGUGCACCUUUCCCUCGCGGUUAUCCUUUACAAGUUAUUCUUACAUCACCUCACCUUUUCAUUCAUCCCGAGAGGAUCUAGAAUUCAACAAUCUUGUUCCGAGAAUUUAGCUUAUUUGGUCAUUCCGAGCCCAUCUAUUCAGUUAUUUACUGCUAAACAUUCACGCACCAUGCAGGGUACUCUUAACAUUAUUCCCUCGAGCCUACAUCACUCGUGUUGAAAAAUAACAGUAGAUAGAUUGCCUUUUUAUAAGACUCAAACUCGUUAAUUCAAGAGACUUAGAAAAUGAGCGUGGUUGUUUCCAGGUCGAACUAUCUUACUCUCCACGCACUUUAUGGACGAGGCAGACUUGUUAGGAGACCGUAUCGCCAUCAUUUCAAACGGCAAGCUCCGCUGUGUAGGCUCGCCACUUUUCUUGAAGAGUCACUUUGGAGAUGGUUACCAUCUUACCCUGGUAAAGAAGCACGACAGAACUCUUCAGGGGUCCAUAGUGAAUGUUCAUAUGACACCCGCGGAAUCUAGCCAGGGACUGGAAACGAGCGAAACGAGAUCAAGCAACAGCACACUUCAUUCUGGUAAGUGUAACAUUCGAAUUCGGAACUCAUCGUUAUAGGGUAGACGAGCUCACCACUACAUAAUUCCAGCCGCCCAAAUUGUAUUUACCGAAGCAAAAUUUAUCCAGACACUGAUCUUUGGAAUCUCUGUGAUACGCAGAUCAUCUGAGCAGUGAUGAAGAACAUGCGAAAAAGGUUACAAAUUUCAUCAAAUCUCACGUGCCAGCAGCCAGGCUAGAACAGAAAACUCAACAGGAACUCACGUUUAUCCUGCCUGACAACUCCGUCAAACGGGGAGGAUUUGAAAUUUUCUUUAGUGAUUUGGAGAAGAAACAAUCUGAGCUGGGGAUUGAUAGUUUUGGACUCACUGACACCGCACUGGAGGAGGUAUUUUUAGAAUUAAAAAAAGUUUGGUAAAUUUGUUUUGUAAGUUGAAAUGAGGUUUAUGGAGGUCCCGCCCCAUUAAAUGUCCCCCCUACGGUAAAACAAGUUCGCCCCCAUUUUAGCGUGCCUUCGUGGACUAGCGUUUGACACUGAAAAAAAGAAAUGCAUGUUAAUCAAAAUGUUAUGAUUUCGACAGUAAAGGAAUAUGUUUUGUCAUAAAGAACGAGUCGAAACACUUGGGGCGAACUGGUAGGGGUGAUGUCGUUUUAUUUCUGAGGGCGAACCGGAAAAGAAGGUAGGGGACGAACUUGCAAUAGAGCAAAACCUUCAGAUACCAUAAUAAGUAACUUUAAACUACUAUUUGUUCAAGCAACUUUCUAAUUGAAAAAUUGUUUGGUUCGGAUUAAUCGCGCGAAACUCUCAGCCUAUCAGUUCCUUUUGGAUGGUGCGACGGGAUACGCUGGGAGAGGGGAACUUCUCGUAGUCUAAGUUCGAAGGCAAAGCUUUCUCCUCCUUUAUUGAUGUUUUUUUUUUCGUUCUGUUGUAGGUUUUCCUGAAGGUAACCGACGUUUCAUCUCGAGAUGAAUCAGGUUUGACAACCUUAUUGAUUUAUUAAGAACUGCCUCUAUAGCGGACACCAACAUCCGCAAAAUUUGCCGUUGAUGUUGUACACUUUGCAAUUAGGGGAGGCAAAGGAAAAAUAAGAUAUAUCGUAUUCAUCAAAAAUGCAAAUCUUUAAUAGUGUUGAAAAUAAUAAUGGUUCAUCAAACUGGAAGAGUUAAAUGAAAGCCGUUCGAGGCUCGCGUGAACGAGGAGUUGAAUCAUCGUUGUGUUCAUAAUUUUAAUGUCACUGAAGUUAAGUCUCUACUGUUGUUUUGUUUAAUACUGUUAAGCUGCGAGUAUAAUGCAUACUAACUUGACUAACCUUUCAAAAAUACCGUAGGACUGCUCGGGAUAGAAAGCGAUAUCCAACCCAGAGAGAGAAGUAAUACUCCAGGGUAUCACUGUCUAAAACCUUUCAUAGUUUUGUUCAUUGCGUAGAAGAAAAGGAACAGUAGUGGCAUGAAAAUUUAAAAAAAAAAAAAAAAAAAAAAAUCAGUGCCUCUCCGUAAACCUCCCCACUGAACCUCCCCUCUCCUGACGUGAGCAGUUUGAAACCUGAAAAAUCUCAGACCUUGGCUACCUUUUUCGUUCUCCCGCCCACUUGAAUAGUUAGUGACAGCCCUGAGGGUCACCUCGUACUUUUAGAAAUCAAUUGUUAGUUAAAAUUUCUUAAGGCUAAUGAAACAUCCAGGCGUCCAAACCGGCACAAAUCUUAUAACACUUUAUUUUGCGCCUGACAGAAGAACUCAAUUCUUCCAUCAUUGAAAACUCCUCAAACCAUGCUGAGUCUUCGAGCACUAUGCUCAGCGGCGAUCCCUCUGGACCAGGUGACGAGUGGGAGGAAGAUUUACCAAGGGAAGGAGAGAUUGAACUCGGCGACUUUUCGGAGGUUCGAUACAAUGCGAGAGAACAACUGUUAAGCCCGGAGAUCCAGGAAGAGGCCGGCUAUCAAUAUGGUAAGUACACAUUCAAACCGAUUUAGCCGGAACAAGUGCUGAUUGGCUUUUAGGAGUCGAGAUUGUACGUAGAUCGUGAAUGAUGAAGGAUCUUUCAUUUAGCUUUGGAAACCAUGUUUGUACAAAAAAAAGUUUGUUUUCAUAUUUUCACGUUUGACUGCAGUUGUCAUGCAAGAAGAAAUAUUAAGCGAAAAAUUAAGAAAAAGAGAUAAAAGAAAUCCUUGUUGUGUUUUUAAAUAUAUUCUUCGUGAAAAAUUACUUGACUUAGUAUAAUUCGACGUAAUGCAUUUAACCAAUUUUUCGGACCGCUUUCGAACGUCGGAAUAUACGAUUUCUCAGGCCUAUACGCUUUUUCCUCCCAGCUGAUCAGACGCCGUUUAAUGCAGCAUUCCAAGGUGUUGGUUCUCGCACACUCACUGGUGCUCCUCUAAAACUGCAGCAGUUCUACGCGCUGUUGAUAAAACGUUUCCACCAUGCACGUCGAAACUUCAAAGGAGUCAUCUCUCAAAUCCUUUUACCUGCCAUUUUUAUCUCUAUUGCUAUGGUUAUGGCCCUUUCGUUUCCCAAGACCCCGGAUCAACCUCCAUUGGAAUUAACUCCAUCCAUGUUCCCGCGGCCUAACUACAUCCCGUUUGCAAACGAGGCUAAGGGAGUGAACCGCUUGGCGUCGCGACUGGACAAAACACUGACUCUCCUCUCUGGUGUGGGAGCGACUUGUUGUCUGCGUUCAAUCAAUCUAACUACCACAGACUCUAAACCUUCAAAGGAGAACUUAGCCCAAUUGUUCAAUCAUUCGUGUUCGGUCUCGAUAGACGAAGUUUCUGAUGAUUAUUUCAAACCGUCCAACCUUAACCUGGGGUUCAUUUACACAAACGGAUCUAAUGUGUCCCAUGCAGUUACUCACAAGGACACGGGCAGGGGGUGCCGGUGCUCCGCUAACAGGACGGCGUAUGUGUGCGACCGGGGAGCGGCCGGGCGACAUCCUAAGGAACUGGUCACCAUUACAUUGGAUACAUUACAGAACAUCACGGGGAGAAAUAUUUCAAAAUAUCUCCUGUAUACCACGAAGACUUUUAGGCUUCACAGGUAAUGAUCGUAAACAAUGUAAUUGAACUAUGUUUAUUUGGAUCUUCUGGUCUCUUGAUGGGUCCUAGGGAGUGAAGCUUACGGGCGGGGGAGGAGAUGCCUAUGAAGGGAUAUCAUUUUGAUUGGUGUAACCGGAGAUUUUAGCUGCGAAGGUGUAAGCUGUUGAGAGUGGAAGGGGCGGGGGAGGAGGGGUAGGGUUUUCUUUUAGAGGAGCAAACGUGUCGGUAACAAUUAGAUAGGGAUUUUAAGCGGUAUUUUAUAGUAUAGCAUUUGGGCGUCUGGGGUAAACGUUCCCAAUUUUUAGUUCUUUGACGUGAUGGCGUUUUUAUCUUUCCGUACCAUAGAUAUGGUGCGCUCUCCUUCGGUGAAGUUGUGAGUUUCGUGCCUCAGAAGUUGGACAAAGUUAAAAUAGCCUCUGUUAGACGAUUAGCUGUCAGAGAAGCUGUCAAGGUUUGUAUAUAUAUAUUUGUUUGUUUGUCUUCAUAUAGACUUGCAUGCAUACUCACCCGGCUUGCUUCUUACUUCUGUAGGCGUGGUACAAUAACAAGGGCUACCAUGCCAUGCCAACGUACUUGAAUGUUAUGAACAAUGCUAUUCUGCGAGCCUCUCUGGCAAAGGAGAAGGGGAAUCCUGCAGCCUAUGGUACGUAGACACAGCGAUGUUAACAGCUACUUUUUAUAGGAGGUUUCCCAAGAAGUUGUCCCUGUUUAAUUUCAUUUGUGGGUCACUGUGUAGGUUGCCCUUCGUAACAUAUCAGUGUUUCCAAAUUUUCCUUAUUUUUUUAAGUGUUACACUCAUCUUCAAAGUCGUCUUUUGUAAACGCCUCUUUGAUUCAUUUGUUUUGAUUUAUAUUCUCGUGUUGUACAUUUCGAUUGAAUUUCCUCAAACCAACACCAAAGGAAUCACAACUUCCAAUUGGAACAAAGGAGAGUUUAUAGAGGAGCUAACGAUAUUUCAAAAUAAAGUAAGCAAACCGUCUGAAACGCGCUUGAACUCAAGUAACUAAGUCGCGAUUAGUUUUAGUUUCGUCUCUCGUUGGUGUAGAGGAGACCAAUUAUUAAUCAUAGGAAAGAAAAAAGGAAGACAAUUUUACACAUGAUAAGAAAUUACCCUAAUUCAAUUUGGUAGCUUUUUAUCAUCAUCAUUAUAAUAGUGAAGGGGGACAUAAACAAAGCUUCCUACUACUUUUGUGUUAACAAAAUUCCUUUUUCCUUUGACAGGUAUCACAGUGUUUAACCAUCCCUUCAAUAAAACUGAUUCCAAUCAGCUGUCAGCCAGAUACAUGUGAGUUGUUCAGAUUAUUCAUUUAUCCACUUUGUCAAGAGGAUAGGAGACGCUGUGCCUAACGUCGGGUUAGCACUGUGGGCUUUAAAUCGAGAGGUCUGGGGUCGAACCCUGGCCGAGUCAAUAUGUGGUGCUUUUCGGUAAGACGCUUCCAUAUCCACAGCCGGGUUGUUCAAAACUUGAUUAAGCUACCCAUGUUUCAUUUAAUUUUUUCUGUAGCUCUUCCUGACAAUUUUAGCAUUCACAUUUUGUUUCCUUCAAUUUUGCUUACAGCAAGAUGAAAUCAAAUUAAAAAACGAGCUCGAAUAUAUGCUUCUCUCACGAAAAACCAAAACGAAGUUUUAAUUUUAACUUUCAAUUAACGCGGAGCUUCUUUUUAAACAACCAGCCCGAGGUUUAUAAAUGAGUACCGGUGAACUGUUACGAAACAUAAACAAAAUACUGGGUCGGUUUCUUACGAUGGUUUUGCAUUACAUCUAGGAAGAGUUCUUUGAUGGAGCUAUUAUGUUAUUUUGCAGGCGUCAAGGAACAGAUCUAGUGAUUGCUAUCUUUGUGAUAAUCGCCAUGUCGUUUGUACCGGCGAGUUUUGUCGUAUUUCUUGUAACCGAGAGAGCUUCCAAAGCUAAGCAUCUGCAGUUUGUCAGCGGCGUCGACCCCGUCAUUUACUGGCUUUCUAACUACGUUUGGGAUCUGGUAAGUAAAGAGUUUUCAUUCUUUUAGACAAAUUCUUGCCUUUGUCUCACACUUUGUCCGCUUUUGAGUUUGAGUUCAGCUUAGGACAAUUAGAGUGCAGUAAACGAAAGUACUCCGAGAGGUACAAAAGUUAAGUCAAUCGCGACUUUCUCGCUUGCUUUUUUGGGUUCUGAGUGAUUUCUGGUGAUUUAUAUGAUUGUUUUGAUUUGCUACUGUGAUUAUUUUGGGUUUUACGAUUCUAAGUCGAAAAGCGUUCUAUAGCAAAAAGUCUUCAGCAAUCGCGGUUAUUCAAGACGUGUAGCAAGUAGAUUGACAACUAAAGCUGCAUUAUAAACGAAAACUGUGUUACCGUGACUCUUCCUACAGUGUAACUACCUAAUCCCAGCGUGUGCCUGUAUCACUCUCCUACAUGUGUUUAAAGUACCAGCCUACUCUUCAGACACGAACUUCCCGGCCGUUGUCUGCCUCUUCCUGCUUUACGGGUGAGUUAAUGAAUGACCACAAACUGUUUCUCUUGUACGAAGCGGAUCGACAGUUACCCAAUGAAAGUCAAAAUAAUCCGGUAUUGCUCUGGUUUGUUUUACCUGGAUCUGUGAUUUGUCAAUAAAACUCGCACUACCCUCUCCACUAAUCACUGACAAGUUAAAAAUAGAAGUUAACCCUUUAACUCCCAAGAUCUCAUCAGUAAUUCUCCUCACUUUCUGCCAUACAGUUCUUGUGGUGUUAGUUUUGAGAAUUUGGUAUUGGAUCAACUAAUGAUCCUCUAAAUGAUAUUUUUAUUUAUUCUCAUCACCUGUCUGCUUGAUAUUGUAUAGAUAUCGUAAGGAGAAAUUCUGUCGUGAUCACUUAGGGGAGUUAAGGGUUAAACCCAACGGCGGAUUGACUUAGUCACCCGCCUUUUCCCAUGAUUCAGGGAGUUUGCUUGAGUUUACUUCCAAUACUCUUUAGCUUUUGGUAGUCUUGAAAUAUUUUAAUCCGUUCAAAAUGGGCGUUGUGACAAUUUUAUCUUUGCUUUGGUUUUACGGCGCUCAGUCAAAUUGCGCUGUGAUGAAUCACUGAUUGGUUUCUCUUUGUUUUAUGGUGCAUUCUGGUGAUUUGGUUACCGUCACCCACCAUCUGAUCGUUUCACCCUGCUGUUGUACCGUAGUUAAAAAUAUUUCUUUUCCUGUCUCUUAUAAACUAGUUUUCGCUUAACUUUCACUUGACGUUUCGUUGCAGAUGGUCCAUUACUCCCAUGAUGUAUCCAGGAGCGUUCUAUUUCAGCGAAGCCAGCUCCGCGUACGUGUUUAUGAUAGUGGUUAACCUCUUUGUUGGAGUUACUGCCACCGUUACUACAUUCAUUCUGCAGCUUUUCCCAGAUGAUGUGGUAAGAUACUACACUAAAAGAAUCUUUAUGUGUGCUUAAAUCUCGUGCUCUACUUAAAUUUUCUCUUAGCAUGCAACGUUUGGUUAGAGGUGAUGCUAAGCAAACUAACGCCGACACAGUAUAAAAAAAAAAAACUGGCGGAGUUAUAACUAUCACACGAUGUUUUCAGGAUCUUUUUUUCAACACGCAAAAUUACCUUGAACGUGAGGGAAAUCGAAAAUUUUUAAUUUGUCAGAGAGAGUGACAGCAAUAUGGGAAAAUGUCCCAUAAAGGCACGAAAAUGAUUCAGGAUAGAGACGAUUCACAAUUAAGGAUUGCAAGCAACCAAUUUGAAUGUAUGAUACACGUGAGAAAGACAUUUUUUGUUCUCAGUAUCGUUCAUGCUGCUUCCUAUGAAAUAGUAUGUCAAUGGAUAAUAUUUUGUAUUGUUUGAUAGGUGACUCCCCUCAAUAGUGAGCUCACCUUUGAAGUUCCUGAUUGAAUCUAUUUGCUCUUUUUUCAGCUGUUAACCAAAGUUUACGAAGCCUUGAGAAUUAUCAAUCUUGGAUUUCCGAACUACUGUUUGGGACAUGGUCUUAUGGACCUGGCUUACAAUCAGUAUUUGACAGAGUACUACACACAGAUAGGUAUAACAUGGAGAUUAUGUCAUGGAAAGAGCGCGCGAAAGAUGUUUAUUCACAAGUUGCGAUGCAUCAAAAAAACGAACUAGUGAGCGCCGCGAACGAGUGAUUUUUUUGAUACAUUGCAACGAAUGACCUAAAGUCGUUCCAGCACUUUUGAUGGUAUGAUGUUUUUAUUUCAAACAUUCCCAUAUUUUUUCACAUUUGAAUUCGAAGACUGGAAGCGAACGACUGUGAAAAUACAUCGUUCGUCCAAUCAGAGACACGAAUGAUAAUACUUCGCAGUGUAAAUCUCAGUAUGUAUGGAGUAAAAUCAAUUACGAGUUGUUAGAGCACAUUAGAAAUUGCACUAGACAUAAAUAGGUAUAACUGAUAUAACCAUUUUCAUGAAUCUGACCAAAACAAAGGGAGAAAAACAGUUACUCCUAGAUGGUUGAUAUUUCCGACAACCCAGUUAUCAGGCUAAAAGCUUAGACAAUUAAGUUUUUUCCCAAGUGGUUUAGUUCCAACGCAGUUGGCUUCGUCUUCGUUUUAGACCUUUUGUCUGUUUUCAGGUGAGGACGAUAAGAUUAGGGAUCCCUUUGAAUGGCUCCUCACAACACGUAACCUGGCAUGCAUGGCUGUGGAAGGAAUAGUGUUCUUUAUUUUCACCGUGCUGAUAGAAUUCAGAUUCUUUGUAAAGCGAAGGUGAGCUUUUAAAGUCCUUCACCUGCAAGAAAAACCAGAAGGAAUCUCUACAUGUAAUGUUAAUAUUUUCAAGCAAAAUAUUGAUAAGGUUAAAAGAAAACUUGCAAUUGGGUAAUAUUCACUGUUUUAACGAAAAAUUCUUAGAGCUAAAAUUGGUAAGAUAUGUUUGGCAAGUAGUAAGAGAGUUGAUUUUAGAUCGCAGGAUUGACAGGAAUAAAGGAAGAACGCCACGAAAUGAUAGUUGUUAUAACUUAUACCGAUGUGUUCUCUUAAGACGCACGCACGUGUCCAAGGAACCAGUGGAGGGCCUGGACGAGGACGUAGCAGCUGAGAAAGACAGGGUUCUGAGUGGAGGCGCCAGAAGGGACCUUGUACGGUUAGAAAACUUAACAAAGGUGAGGCGUUGCGAUCCGCGAAGAUCCAGUGGUGAAUGGAUUUAGAUCAGUUACACAGUAGAUACAGGUGUAACACAGCCUCGUUUGCUUAAUCGAAGUCAGUGGCGUUAUUCUUAGCGUUAUUGCUAAUGAAAACAACAGAUAACUGCCUUUGAAAUACGACUUUUCAAUAAAUUUCGGGAUUGUCACCAAUUUAUCGUCCUUUUCUCUUCGAAGGUUUACUUUUCUAGAAAGCGUGGUAAGCAUCUGGCCGUGGAUAGACUUUGUUUAGGGGUACCUAAGGGAGAGGUAAGUUUUACACUAUCAGUUGGAGCCGAUUUGCAAAUUCAUAUGAAGAUUCUUUAGUAGAAAAUUCACAGCGCAUUUUCUUAAGGUUAUCCUUCGUCCUUGCAGUGUUUUGGUUUGCUCGGUGUUAAUGGAGCUGGAAAAACGAGUACAUUUAAGAUGUUAACCGGAGACACCUCAUUGACGGCGGGAAAUGCCUACCUAAACACACACAGGUUAGUCAUGAGCCGAAGGUUAGUUCACUGAAAUGAGUUUUGCAGUUGCUUAUUGCAAUAGUUAUCAGUCAUCAUCAUCAUCAUCAUCAUCGCUCGUUGCGCCAGUAGGCGCAUGAGGCCGUCACAUUGUCCUCCCAACCCCCCUGUCGUGUGCCGCUGCCUUGGCCAAAUUCCAGCUCUUCCAUCCUGCCUUGCCUCUCUCUCUUUCGACAGUCCUUCUCCAAGUGGUUUUUGGUCUUCCUCUCGCCCUUCGACCCUCUGGUGUCCACCCCAAUGUGGUAAAACAGUUAUCGAUGGAUAAGUGAAAAGGAGCUUAGAGUGGAACACCAAAUAGCUUGCAAUAUAACCAAUCUGGUCAGGACAUUUGACUGCUUUGAAACAAUCUGAAGAUCCGCCCUCUUUGGAAAUUAUCGGACAGUCUUGGAGUUGUCGCUCUAAUUAGCCCUCUCAUCGAUAAUUCGAAUUUUCGAUCGUGUAAUUAUGUUUUAGAUAGGUGAAUGGCCUUCCAGACAGGGAGACAGAUGGGUAGAUUGACGAACUGACAGACGCAGAAACAGACACAUUUACAGACAGACAGACACAUUAAUGGAUAGACAGAUGGAUAAACGGAUAGACAGACUGACAGACUCAGUGAGGCAAUGACCUAUAGACAGAAACAGAUGCUUAUAGAGACGUUGUUACGGCAGGCAGACAGACAGACUGACGGAUGUAGACAGACAUUGACGAGAUAGACAUAAGUAUGGACUGUUUUACCGAUGAAAUGACAGAUCAAUUAAUUAACGUUUGUUUUUUCUUUGACAACAGUAUUGUGUCUGAGAUGCAGAAGGUCCAUAAGUGCAUGGGAUAUUGUCCUCAGUUCGACGCUCUCAUCGAUGAACUGACAGCGAGUGAACAUCUGACGCUUUACGCACGGCUUAGAGGAAUUCCUGGAAACGAAUUGCAGUCGGUAAGUAGCAUGGACCAUCUGUGUAGCCCUCUGUAGCGCUUGCGAUUUUAGAUUUUAAACUUACCCUCUUUGAGAUUGAAUGCCACUUUGAGACAAAACCUGUGAAAAUAGUAGUUAAAAGGAAAUAAAGAAAUUUAGUUUCGGCCUGUUUUAAACGUUCUGUACUUAAAUUUCACGAUUCCUAAAUGUUGUGUCACUGGUAACAACUGGUUGUGGAAAAUUUAAUAAAAACUUGGUCAUUGUCCCAUUUGCCCCCCAAAAUGAGAAUUCAGUUGGAUCACGCAUCAAGCUACCAUGUCUUAAUGAACCGUGAAACAAGUGAAGGGGACUCAAUAUCCCUGUUUGGCUCAGAAGUAAUCUAAAGUGCUAACUUCUCUCAAAAUUUCACCACAUCAUCGAUUAAAAGUAGAUGAAAAUGGAUAAACGUUUUAGUUGUAGAGUUUUAUUUGAUAUAAGGAUUAAGAACCUCUAAUCAAAUCGCGGGAGUUGAAGGGUUAAAAAGUUUUGUUUGCAAAUUUAGGUCUCGCUCACCCGCGAGCAUCAUUUUUACAAAUUCACUCUCUAGCGUUUAUCUUACGUAGUAUAGAUUUUUGUUGUGAUGGAAUCUUGUAUUUAUCGUUAGGUUGUAACGUGGGCGCUCAAGAAGCUUUCACUGUCACGCUUUGCUAAGAGACCCAGCAAAACGUACAGCGGUGGAAACAAAAGGAAACUUUCAACCGCCAUGGCUCUGAUUGGCAACCCGCCAAUAAUAUUCUUGGUAAUUAAUUCGUGUUAUUUGUUGUUUUUUGAGUAUUAUACAAAUUAAAACGAAAUCCCAACAAACCUUUUGUAGACAGUUAGCGAAGAGAGAUUAUUUUUUUUAACCAACUUUCCGUUACAUGCGAUAUUUCGAGAAAAGGACAAGGUUAAUCUACUUCGCAAUGCUAAAUUUCAAUCAAGUAAACCCUACUUUGGAGGGGUUGUUCAAAGCAAAUGUGAGCUUCAGUUUGAAAUACGUUUGUUUGGUUAUGGUUUUCCGCACUCAGGUGUUCCUCUGUUUAUGUUUUGAAUAUGUAUCUCAUGUUUUCACAAAGCAUUAACAACUUCGAAAAAAGACAGUUUUUGUAUUCCUUGAGUCCUGAUUCGGGAUAUGUGAGACCCUCUGACUUGAUUGAUCACAAUGUUCCUUUUCUUUAUUUUCCUGUGUUCAGGAUGAGCCUACCACAGGGAUGGAUCCACAUGCUCGUCGCUUUCUGUGGAAUUUGAUUCUGGAUAUCAUUAAGGACGGCCGCUCAGUUAUCUUGACUUCACACAGGUCAGUUUUUAGCAACGGCUAGCACAAAACUACUCGUAAGUUUGAAUCAGUAUUUUUCUGUUAAACUCACGCUUGUGUUAUGUCCAACAGUAUGGAGGAAUGUGAAGCACUGUGCACUCGCUUGGCUAUCAUGGUCAAUGGCCGUUUUAAGUGCCUUGGAAGCUGUCAACACCUGAAAAACAGGUCAGUUGUACGCACGAAUAUCCACAAAGGAGAGUUUCGAGUUGUUUUUGGAUCCUGUUCCACCCCUUUUUCAGUAGAGUGUCAAAAAUAAUCCAGAAUAGUAAUGUUUUCGUCUAAAAAUGCUCUCUGAUUGGUCCAAAAGUUUCGCGCCACCACCAGACUGAGCUAGACUUGACUGUUAGCCUUUCUUGCACUUUCAGGCAGUUUUGGUGUUUUUUUUUUUUUUUUUUUUUUACUUAUCAUUGCUUCUUUUGAGAAGUUACUUAUAUGCAGAGUUACUUAUAUCCAUUGCGAGUACUUUAGUUUUGGUUAAUGAUUCUCAAUCAAAAAGGGCUGAAGUUGUGAGCAGAAGCUCGAUUUACCUGGAACGCGUUCAAUUUUUGACAGGUUCGGGGAGGGCUACAUCAUCACUGUCCGUGUUCAGGGAGACCUACCCAAUUUGGAGCCUUUGUACCAGUUUUUCUCCGAAAAGUUCCCUCGUGCAACGUUGAAGGUAAAACAGACUUACGCAAUUUUCCAAGUACAUGUUUGGUAGACGGUAUGGUAUGGUAGACUUGAGUGUCAGGGUAUUUAGCUUUGAAAAAUCUAAUUGGUGAAACUGUUAAAUUGUAAACAGUUAAAAAAAAUCCAUGUUUCUUUAUCGUUUGUUCUUGUCCCCUUUUUUUUCUGCACGAACACACUAUUAUGUUAAGGUUUCCCUCUGAUAAAAGGGAAUUCUCUCUGACGCCUGAACACUAUUUUGAAGAAUCAUAGUGUAACUCCUUUGGCACUUACUCUCGAAAAAUUCACUCAUUUUCAGGAAAAUCAUCAUAACAUGGUUCAGUACCAGCUCCCCUCGGGUGUCAUGGCACUCUCCGAGGUGUUUGGUCAUAUCGAAUCAUCCUAUGAAGUGUUGAAAAUCGAGGACUAUUCCGUUAGCCAGACAACACUGGAUAACGUAAGUAAUUCUUCCGGCUGCUUCUUCUAUCUUUCCUGUCCCUUAGGUUUAUGGGCUAUCUUGUUGUUAAAUCUUGUUCAAUUUUCCCAGGUUUUUAUCAACUUUGCCCGUCAACAAACGGACGAAAUUGAUUUUGACGACAAAUCAUUGUCGACUGGAAGGACUGGGUCGAGAUUCAGAGUACGCAGGCGUGCGGAGAGGUUGCGAGACAUUUGGUCUGACGAGGUGCGGUUCAGUGCUUUGGAAGAGGAAGAUGGGGAGCCUGGGGCAUAUGAUGAUGAUGAUGAUGACGCCUGGCAAGUAACCUUCUCUGACCGGGUGAGUUUGGUCCCGUUUUCAUCUGCGAAUGGUUAUCUAUGAAAAGUGUCUUAGUUAUGAUCACUACCUUCUAAGAAUGUUAUUUUGGGUAAAGUGAGCGGGGAAUGGUCUUCUAGUAACCUCAUACCCAUGGGGGUCUGGGUAUGAGACUGGUCUUGUAGCAACAGGUAGCUUUCUUCACUUUGUAAAACUAUUUUGUAAUUUUGCAGGCACGCCUUUCUUUUGGCGCCUCCACGAAUUUUUGAAGCUGCAGACAGUUCUGAUCUUGAUGAGCGAGGCUUGGUAAAUUUCUCAUGGUUUCAAGUUCCCAUAAAAUUAUACGUAUCAUUUGUUAGUGGUUCAUUGUUUUUCGAAUUUGUUGAUGAUGUUUAUGACUUCUAUCGCCCGGGUUCCUUCACAGUCGAGAAAACAAGCGAAAAAUAUUUAACUGCUCAAAAAAUAUUGUUAUUUAUCAUUUAUUUAUGUAUCUUAAUCAGGGUCAUACUUGAUUUCGUUCAAAAUUGCAGGGUGAGAACAAAUGUGGAAAAUAUUGGUGCACUCAGUCGUUUGUCUUCCUGUACCACAACUGGAAUUUAUCUAUUUGUAUUUAAGUAAAAUUGCAAUUUUAUGUGAAUUUGUAGUUUUUUGUUUGUUACAAAGUGGCUAAAAGGCAAGAAAGAAAAAAUUGGAGGUUUUUUUUUUUUAAUUUGAAUCUAUGAGCCGCUGUGGAGAAGCCAACUUCAGUUUGCGAUAGCUACUCAAGACUCUCGGGUCUUGGUUGAGGAGGGGGCGAACGCCCCUUUCCAACCCCUCCUCCCUCCCCCACACCGAGAGAAUUUUGAUACCAGUGCACUUGAUGACAACCCAGCGAUUUUUAAUGUUAGCUUAUUUAGAGUGUUAUUUUUGUAACGAAGAAGAUUGGGUCACACUAAGGAAAAUUUUGAAUUAUUAGUUUUCUAGGAUAGGGUUAUAUUCCAGCAAUAAUAAUAAAUCACAAGUGUGGGUGGAUG